AUGGGUUCCGAGACCCCCACCAACGCCCUCUGGACCACCCAGUCCGUCCUCGCAACCCUCCCCCACCCGCCCGAAGAAAACGCCAGCACGCCGAUCCCGUUCUUCCACCUCCUCGAGCGCCUGAAGACCACCAAGCGCGAAGGCUGGCGCCGGUUCGGCAUCAACUCCGGCGAAUCGAUCUCGGACCACAUGUACCGGAUGUCGAUCAUGACGAUGCUGGCACCCGCGACGCUGGCGCCGCGGCUUAACCUGGCGCACUGCAUGAAGAUGGCGCUGAUCCACGACAUGGCCGAGUCGCUGGUGGGGGACAUCACGCCGGUGGACAAGGUCGACAAGACGGAGAAGGCGCGGCGCGAGGCGGACGUAAUGGACUACAUCGCCGGCACGCUGCUGGCGGGGGUGCCGGGCAACGGGCCCUCCACAGGGCAGGAGAUUCUGGCCGUGUUCCACGAGUACGAGGCCAACGAGACGCUGGAGGCGCAGUUCGUGCACGACGUCGACAAGAUGGAGCUGCUGCUGCAGAUGGUCGAGUACGAGCGCGCCAGCGGCGUGGAUCUGACGGAGUUCUGCCAUGUGGCGGGCCGGAUCCAGUUGCCCGAGGUGAAGGAGUGGGCGGCGACGGUGAUGCAGGAGCGGGAGGCGUUUUGGGCUGGGAAGAAGGCUGCCACAUCUACCAACGGGUCGUCGGCGGCAUGA